CGAAUUUUACACUACAUCUCAUUAGACAGGAUUUGAAAAUAACAAGAUGAAGACUACAGCUCUCGCGUUAUUGUUUUGUCUUAUAACUGCACAUUGUGCGACUUGGGGUGGGACAUUAAGUCGAGUAGCAAGAUCUCCCCCUCCUAAUGGAGACCCUCCGAUUCUAUUUCAAACAAAAAACUGGAGUGGGGUUGCCCGAGGUCCAGAUGGUGCGCGCGGAGUGUUCAGUGGAGCUGCGGCUGCAGCUAACAGUCCUGACCCAGUAAAUGAUGAAGCUUUUUCAUUGGCCGCUGCUGCACCUCCACCAGUGCAAGAAAAAUUGGAAGAGCGUUUUGGAGGACCACCCUUUCAUAGUUAUGGACAUCAUCACUUUUACAGAGGUUUCGGUGGUUCUCGAGAAGGCGGUCACUUUCACCAUGGAAGUUGGGGACCUUAUAGAAAAGCAUUUGCAGAAUCAGAAGCAUAUGCCGAUACCGGAUGUGAUGAUGAUAAUUCUCAAAAUGGUUUCGUUGUUGGACAACAAUCAAACCCGGGAGCAUCGAGCAAUUCACAAGCCAAUUCUAAAAUCGGAGAAGAAUCUUACAGGGGUAAACAAAAUUACUUUUCUCGUGCACAAUAUAACACAAACACUUUCACGAAGUCUGAAAGAAUUGCAAACGAUCAAAAUCAAGGAGAAUCUUCUUCAAGUCAAGAUCAAACCUUAAAUGUUGAAUCAAAGGCUAAUCAGCAGGAUAGAGCGGUAUCAAAAUCUUUGCCUCAAUUUAAAGCAGAUAUCAGUGAUGGACAACAAACUGAAUCGGUUAGCAACGGCUUUGGCAAAGCGCAAGGAUCUUUGAAUGCUGAAAGAAAAGUUGAUAGCGAUUCUCAAGGCUCUAGCAAUAUUGGUGGCCAACAAUUGGAACCUCAUAAUAACAACUUUGGAAUUUCUCAAAGUUCGCAAAACAAGAAUAACCAACAAAGUCAAUCUCAAAACAAGGGCAUUGGCAGUUUCCAAAACGGUGGUAACCAAAGAGAUAAUUCACAAAAUAGCGGUAAUACCAGUCCUCAGGGUUUCCAAAACGGUGGUGACCAACAAGGGCAAUCUGAAAACACUGGUUUUGGUAGUUCCCAGGACUUCCAAAACGAUGGUAGCCAACAAAGUCAAUCUCAAAACAAGGGUUUUAGUAGUUUCGAAAAUGGUGGUAGCCAAAGAAAAAAUUAUCAAAACAAUGGUAUUAGCAGCUCUCAAGGUUUCGUAAAUGGUGGUGGCCAACAAAGUCAAUUUCAAUACAGGGGUAUUGGUAGUGCCCAAAGCUUUCAAAAUGAUGAUAGCCAACAAAGUCAAUCUCAAUACAGGGGUAUUGGUAGUUCCCAAAGCUUUCAAAAUGAUGAUAGCCAACAAAGUCAAUCUCAAUACAAGGGCGUUGGUAGUUCCCAAAACGGUGGUAGUCAAAUAGAACAAUCUCAAAACAAUGUCGUUGGCAGUUCUCAAGGUUCCCAUAAUGGUGGUGGCCAACAAAGUCAAUCUCAAUACAAGGGCGUUGGUAGUUCCCAAAGCUUCCAAAAGGGUGGGGUCCAACAAGAGCAAUCUGAAACCAAAGGUGUUGGUAGUUCCCAAGACUUCCAAUACGGUGGUAUUCAACAAGGACGUUCUCAAAGUAAUGGUGUUGGUAGUUCCCAGGGCUUCCAAAGGGGUGAUGGCCUACAACAACAACAACUUCAAUCUCAAGAUGGUUAUGGAAACGCUCAAAGUCAAAGUAGAUCCCAUGGUUUUGGUCAAAGUCGUGGUAGCAAUACUUUCUCUCAUAUAAAUAAAGGAUACGGGUUUAAUGGAUUUAGUAAUGGCGAAUCACGGUCUUAUCUUAACAGACAAGACUCCUCAAGCUCUUUCAAUGGAGCCAAUGAUGGAAAAUAUCAUUACGGCAAGGCCGCUGGUAGUGCCAGAUAUCAAGCGCAAGACAGCAGUUCUGCCGGCCAAUCUUCAGGUUAUGACAAAAGCGUAAUAAGCCAAGAGAAUACGCAAACAGGGUUACCCUCUGAACCCGGUUCUUCUGGUCACGAAGAUAUUCAAUCUACUCUAGACGGAGCUCUGAAACUCGUUUCUCAAGGGUUGGAAGCGUCACAAAAUAAACCAUGCAGUACUUGCCAGAAGAGUAGUUAUGCUUUCAGCAAUGCUAGAAGCAACAGCGGUUCUGCCGUCGCUCUUUCUAUCGGAGGUUAAUAUUUCACUACAUUUACUGUCUGAAGAUUUUUUACGAAAUUGUCAUCGCAUAAAUUUUAAUUAAAUUAAUUGUUGAUUUA